AUGCCAUCUCGAAUGGAACAUGCCAUGGAAAUUGUGAUGUUUACAUUUCACAAAUUUGCUGGGAAUAAAGGCUACUUAACAAAGGAGGACCUGAGAUUACUCAUGGAAAAGGAGUUCCCUGGAUUUUUGGAAAAUCAAAAAGACCCUCUGGCCGUGAACAACAUUAUGAAGGACCCGGAGCAGUGCAGAGAUGGCAAAGUGGGCUUCCAGAGCUUCUUUUCCCUAAUUGCGGGCUUCACCAUUGCACACAGGACUAUUUCGUAG